AUGGAUCUAUCAGCUGUAACUUCGUCUUCUCUCUCAUCUAAUUCAUCGCCCUCCGCUUCGUCAACCUCGUGGUUUUCCGGCAUUGUCCGCGGCCGAGCCGACGGGUCGGGAAGCGGGAAAAUGGCCAGCUCAGCCGCUGCCGCUGACAACGUCAGUCCUAUCAAUCGGAAGAAGCAGUUUCAAGGAGUGAUGUUCAAGUACGGUCCGAAGCCUAUUCAGGUCUGGACAAUUCUCCCUGUGAUGUCUUAG